AAUGAAGAAUAGGUUUCAAAAGUUGACUUGCUUUUUUAUAAAUAUAUGCAGAGAGAGAGAGAGAGAGAGAGAGAGAGAGUGAUGAUGAUAACAUUAUUGGAAAGAGUUGUUUAUGAAGAGCCUUCAAAUCUUUUCACAAUGGCUAUGCCUCCAAUAAUCUUCUUGUCAUUAGCAAUUUUAGGCUUGGCAGAAGCAAGUGGAAUACACCUCCAAUAUUCCAAGUUCUGCAUUAAUAUGAAUUUUAUGAAUAUGGUUGGAUCAUCUUCUUCCUCCUCUUCUUCACAUAAUCAUUCUGUGAUCAAGCUCUCAAGCAGAACAGGGAUGCUGAUUGUGUAUACUCCGCCGUUCCUUGCCGGAGUCGCUUCCUUUAUCCUCUUCUCCGGUGGUGAUUCAAGAUUUUUGCUAGUAAAGUCUGCUCUAACCUUCCAUUUCUUUAAGAGGGUCAUGGAGGUUCUAUUUGUUCACAAAUACAGUGGUGGCAUGGUUUUGGACAGUGUCAUUCUCAUCUCCACCACGUAUUUCACCACAACUUCAACCAUGAUAUACACCCAACACGUGGUCCAAGGUUUCCAAGAGCCAUUGAUUGAUCUCAAGCUUUUUGGUGUGGUGCUAUUUUUACUUGGAAUUUGUGGCAACUUUUACCACCAUUGUCUCCUCUCAAAAACCAGAGAUCAAAAGGGUGACAAGAGCUACAAAAUCCCUAGAGGAGGCCUCUUCAAUCUUGUCAUUUGCCCACACUAUCUCUUUGAAAUUGUGCAGUUUUUAGGGGUCUCCUUUAUCAGCCAAACUACAUUUUCAUUUGCCUUUGCUUUGGGAUCAGCUUUGUACUUGACUGGAAGGAGUUAUGAUACAAGGAAAUGGUACCUCUCCAAAUUUGAGAAUUUCCCUAAACAUGUCAAAGCUUUGGUUCCUUAUGUUUUCUAGAUAUAUAUGCUUAAAAGGCGACUGUGAAAUUGGUUUGAUUUACCAUUUAUAAAAAAAUUUAAUGAUUUAA